AGGGGGCCGGCGCGGGCCGAGAGAUGGCGGCGCCGGAUCCCGGGCGUUGGGGCGAGUGUGGACCGCGGCCCCCUGGCCGACUUGGCUCCCGGGGCGGACAGGAGCCAGGGACCGUGCUGGGUGCGGUGGGUAUGAUGGACUUGGCCUACGUGUGCGAAUGGGAGAAGUGGACCAAGAGCACAUACUGCCCGUCCCUGCCCCUGGCCUGCGCCUGGUCCUGCAGGAAUCUCAUUGCCUUCACCACAGACCUACGCAAUGAUGACCAGGACCUGACACACAUGAUCCACAUCCUAGACACGGAACACCCCUGGGAAGUGCACUCUGUCAGCUCUGGCCACAGUGAGGCCAUCACCUGCCUGGAGUGGGACCAGUCAGGGUCCCGACUCCUGUCUGCUGAUGCCGACGGGCAGAUCAAGUGUUGGAGCAUGGCUGACCACCUGGCCAACAGCUGGGAGAGCUCAGUGGGCAGCCAGGUGGAGGGGGACCCCAUCGUGGCCCUGUCCUGGCUGCACAAUGGGGUGAAGCUGGCACUGCACGUGGAGAAGUCUGGUGCCUCCAGCUUCGGAGAGAAGUUCUCACGUGUGAAGUUCUCCCCAUCACUCACACUGUUCGGUGGCAAGCCAAUGGAGGGUUGGAUUGCAGUGACAGUCAGUGGCCUGGUGACUGUGUCCCUCCUGAAGCCCAGCGGGCAGGUGCUGACGUCCACAGAGAGCCUGUGCCGGCUGCGUGGCCGAGUGGCGCUGGCCGACAUCGCUUUCACAGGCGGUGGGAACAUCGUGGUGGCCGCUGCGGAUGGCAGCAGUGCGUCACCCGUGAAGUUCUACAAGGUGUGCGUGAGCGUGGUGAGCGAGAAGUGCCGCAUCGACACGGAGAUCCUGCCCUCGCUGUUUAUGCGCUGCACCACGGAUCCCAACCGCAAAGACAGGUUCCCCGCCAUCACACACCUCAAGUUCCUGGCGCGAGACAUGUCUGAGCAGGUGCUCCUGUGUGCGUCCAGCCAGACCAGCAGCCUGGUAGAGUGCUGGUCCCUGCGGAAAGAGGGCCUUCCUGUGAACAACAUCUUCCAGCAGAUCUCGCCUGUGGUUGGUGACAAACAGCCCAUGAUCCUCAAGUGGCGCAUCCUGUCGGCCACCAACGACCUGGACCGCGUCUCCGCAGUGGCCCUGCCGAAACUGCCCAUCUCACUCACCAACACGGAUCUCAAGGUCGCCAGUGACACCCAGUUCUAUCCAGGCCUUGGCUUAGCACUGGCCUUCCAGGACGGCAGCGUACACAUGGUGCAUCGGCUGUCCCUGCAGACCAUGGCGGUGUUCUACAGCUCAGCCCCGCGCUCGCUGGAUGAGCCUGCCCUGAAGCGCUCGCGCACGACAUGCCCUGCCGUACACUUCAAGGCCAUGCAGCUGUCCUGGACUUCGCUGGCCCUGGUGGGCAUCGACAAUCACGGGAAGCUCAGCAUGCUGCGUAUCUCUCCGUCCCUGGGACACCCGCUGGAGCCCAAGCUGGCCCUGCAGCACCUGCUGUUCCUGCUGGAGUACUGCAUGGUGACCGGCUAUGACUGGUGGGACAUCUUGCUGCACGUGCAGCCGGGCAUGGUGCAGAGCCUGGUGGAGCGGCUGCACGAGGAGUACACACGCCAGAAGCCCGCCCUGCAACAGGUCCUCUCCACCCGGAUCCUGGCCAUGAAGGCCUCGCUGUGCAAGCUGUCACCCUGCACCGUGGCUCGUGUGUGUGACUACCACACCAAGCUGUUCCUCAUGGCUAUCACUUCCACCCUCAAGUCGCUGCUGCGCCCACACUUCCUCAACACCCCUGACAAGAGCCCUGGGGACCGCCUGGCCGAGACCUGCGCCAAGAUCACGGAUGUGGACAUCGACAAAGUCAUGAUCAACCUGAAGACAGAAGAGUUCGUCCUGGACAUGAACACUUUGCAGGCGCUGCAGCAGUUGCUACAGUGGGUGGGAGACUUCGUGCUCUACCUCCUGGUCAGCCUGCCCAACCAGGGCUCCCCGCUGAGGCCUGGCCACAGCUUCCUCCGAGAUGGUACCUCCCUGGGCAUGCUGCGUGAGUUGAUGGUUGUCAUCCGAAUCUGGGGCCUGCUGAAGCCCAGCUGCCUGCCCGUCUACACAGCCACCUCGGACACCCAGGACAGCAUGUCCCUGCUCUUCCGGCUGCUCACCAAGCUGUGGAUCUGCUGCCGUGAUGAGGGCCCAGCCAGUGAACCAGAUGAAGGUUUGGUUGAUGAAUGCUGCCUGCUGCCCAGCCAGCUGCUGGUCCCCAACCUGGACUGGCUUCCUGCCAGUGACGGCCUGGUCAGUCGCCUGCAACCCAAGCAGCCCCUGCGACUGCGCUUCGGCAGGGCACCCACUCUGCCCAGCAGCACUCCCACCCUGCAGCUGGACGGCGUCACCAGGGCCCCUGGCCAGCCUAAGAUUGACCAUCUCCGGAGGCUGCACCUGGGCGCCUACCCCACUGAGGAGUGCAAAGCCUGUACCAGGUGUGGCUGUGUCACCAUGCUGAAGUCGCCCAACGAGACAACCGCCGUAAAACAGUGGGAACAACGCUGGAUCAAGAACUGCCUGUGUGGUGGGCUGUGGCGCAAAGUGCCUCUCAGCCGUUCCUGACCCUCCGAGCAGAGGCAGGGGACUGUCUGUGAUGAAACAGUGACAUUGCUGUCCUCACUGGGGCAGAUACCCACCAGGAGCCUGGGCUGCCCCUCUAGGGGCAUGUGGCAUCUCCAGGGGCAUGUGGCAUCUCCAGGGGCAUGUGGCAUCUCCAGGAGCAUGUGGCAUCUCCAGGGGCAUAUCCAAGCCAGCUUGAAGGAUCUGGGCUGUGUGUUCAUCCUUUAAAAGAUCCACAGUUGCCGGGCAGUGGUGGCGCAUGCCUUUAAUCCCAGCACUUGGGAGGCAGAGGCAGGUGGAUUUCUGAGUUCCAGGCCAGCCUGGUCUACAGAGUGAGUUCCAGGACAACCAGGACUACACAGAGAAACCCUGUCUUGAAAAAAGCCAAAAAAAAAAAAAAAAAAAAAAAAAAAAAAGAUCCACAGUUUAUAUGCCCGUUGUGUGGGAGUCAUCUGCCUCAGUUUUCUUUGGGGCCUAUGGGAGGGGAAGACUGGCCUAAUAAAGUUCUCUUGUACACCAGG